AUGGCCUCCCAACCCUUGCCCCCCGUUCCUCCACCGCAAUGGGUCGUGGACCUGAAUUCUCCCAAGCCACGUUCCCCCAAGUCCGCAUCCAGCAUCCCCGACCCUCCAGGCUUCUCUAGUCGCAAGGAAGGAGGCAAGAACCGAUCGCAGCAACAAUCGACAUCCGCUUCCUCCGCAUCUAAACCCGUCGAAACCGAUACUCUCAAGCUGAAAAAGGCCUGGGAGAUCGCUCUCGCGCCCUCCAAGCAGAUCCCCAUGAACGCGAUCAUGAUGUACAUGUCCGGCAACAGCCUCCAGAUCUUCAGUAUCAUGAUGGUGUUCAUGCUCUUCAAGGGCCCCAUCCAAGGCCUGAUCAACACCAACGGCGUCUUUGCCAAGUUUGAGACGGACGGCACAAAGGGGAAGUUGCUCGGGGUGAAGGCGAUUUAUGUGCUCAUGCAGUUGGUUUUGCUGGCGCUCGGCGUGUGGAAGGUUAAUGCGAUGGGACUGCUACCGUAUGUUUACUCCCGGAUCUUCUAUUGCAUUGCCGUUGCAGGUGUAGAUCAGUUCACUAAUAUGGAUGUUUUGACAGGACUACGAGGUCGGAUUGGUUGGCAUGGGAAUCGGAACGACAACCGGUGGAGCGAGCGUAUUUUGCGCUAG